CUAUCAAACCCAACUCGUGGGAAUUGACUUUAAUGGUACGCUCCUAAUUUGACAUUUUGUUAGGAGCUUACUACUUAGGUACAACUGAUUCCUCAACGACCAUAUGGUAGCACGGACAUCUCCGUUAUGUUGUUCCAAUGUCCUCUGUACAUAAUGUUUCAGAGCGAGCGAGAGACAGGAAAGUUCACCGACCAAAAGUUCCAGACAACGAUAGCUAGUAGCUUUAGCUUUUAGAAAUAGAAAAAGCCUCAAAGGUAGAAGAAGAUUGUUCGAGAAUGGAGGCUGGGAGUAGUACCACUAACGGUGCUAUUGAUAGUAACAGUAGCGUAGUGCCGAAUCAGAGAAAGGCAAAAGAGUUUCAGGGAUUCCGAAUAGAGAAUCCGUUUACUUUCAAAGUUGGUCAAGUAUUUACUGGCUUUGGCGUCGGCUGUGGUAUUGGUAUCGGCGUUGGCCGCCCUAUAAAUCUAGGUGCAUUACCAAUGCUGGGUCAAGUUAUGAGUGCCACCAGAGGGGCAACUGAUGCUUUUUCUGGUGUUAGCAGACAUGUGAAUGAAUCUCUAAGGAAGUUGGGAGCUAAGAAUGUUGAAGCAGGCAUCGGUUGUGGUGUUGGCUUCGGCCAUGGUUUUGGAGUUGGCCUUGCUGUCAAACCUGGGGUGUUGAAUCAAAUGCAAUCUUGUCUUGUACAAGCAAUGACAAAGAUGAUGCUGAAGUUUGGAAUUGCUCCGAAUUUACCCAUUGGACAAGGUGCCCUUCCAGUGUCUUUGCAGGGUGGCAUGAGCAUGAUGAAUCAGUCCUUAGGUCAAAACCCAAUGGGAAGUAUCAUGCAGCUGGGAACCAAGGGACCUGAAGACACUCGUCAAGGUCUGCCGGGAUAUGAAAAUAUAGGUUCAGGUUCAACUUAUGAGAGUUUUGCAUCAAAGGGCACUCCAACUGACUCAUCUUUCAGCAGUCGGACAGAAAAAGUUAUCAGCAGCUUUCUGCAGAACCCAGUUUUGAAAGGGGAGGACACUGAACUGAAUAACUUGGCUGGGCGGUUGCGGUCAGAAAACAACGUGCUUCAAAUGUUUUGAUGGCUGAUUUUUAUGGGGAAGUUGGACAAGCUCUCGUGCAUGUCUGUUUUCUCCGGAUUAUCUGAUUCCUGGGCAGCGAAAUCACUAGUAAACAAGAGUAAUAAUAUAUUGGGAAUUGAGCAGGAAAAUUUGUGUUGGAUGAUUUGUUUGUAGCCUUGGCACAACAGUUUAUAACUUCCGUACGUGUCUAAUUUGGAGUUGUUGCUUGAAUUACACAAUCAUAAAAACAAAUGAAAUGAUAAUGAAUAUAGUUAGAGUAAUGCUACGUACAGUCUCCAUUUGGGGACUGCUCAUGCAAGACUCUUUUGAGUAA